AUGGCAACGACAAGCUUUCCUUCGUGUGCGAAAACAAUGAGCGUCCCAAACCCUUCCCAAGAAAACGACGAAAGUGAAGAUAGCUUUCAGUAUGAAGAAGUACCUCUUGAAGAUGAUUGUAGUUUGACAGAAGGAGAAGAAGAUUUGGAGGCAACAGUAAAAGCCAUUCAAGACCGGGCUGCUGUUGCUGCUGCUGCGAGGUCCAACUCUUCCACCACCCACAAACCUGAGGAGCCCGUGGAUAACUUUUUACGCAACUUUCUUUUUCAAAUGGGCAUGACAGAAACACUUGACCAUUUCCAGGCUGAAUGGGCUGAGAUGUUACAUAAAGGGCUGGUGACCCCAGAGCAGGUCGGUGUUGUGCCUGAGGUGUACGUCGAAAACAAGCAUUUGGAGAGUGCGCUGGAAAACGCGCAGAGGGAACGUGAGGAGUACAACCAGGCUAAAUCUGCUUCAGCUGAGACACUGGAGAGGCUGCAGAAAGCCAGAGACUUCCACAUGCUGCAGCAUAAACGUGCUGUCCAGGAGAAAAACGCGCUGAUAAAGGAGAUGAGGAAGCUUCAAACGCAGUGCAGCGGAUAUGAACCUGAGGUGAAGCGGAUGAGUGGAAAAUAUGAAGCCGUUUUAAAACAGACUAUGAUGAUGAGCUUGGAGAAGGACAAGGAGAAGUCAGCCCACUCUACAUCAAACUGUGUGGAUAUAAGUGAAGAAGGAGCAGUGAACACCACAGGAGAGAGCUAUCACACGAUCCAACCGAGACCCCCCUCAUCUGCCAAACCCCAAAGAGCCAGUCCCAGGAGGGCAUGCGUUUGA